AUGAGUAACCGCAACAAGUACCCUCUUGACGGCUACUGCCUCUGGCUCGUCCCCAGCGGCACCCAGGCCGCGGCGCUCCAGUCCCUCGUCAACGACCUGGCGCCGCUCGUCGAUGCCCCCGAGUUUGUCCCGCACAUCACCUUGUGCGCGCCCAAGGGACCCGCGCGCGACUCGUCUGCCCUCCUCCUCGCUGCUGUCGAGGAAGCCCUCGCUGCCGAGGACCCCGCCCAGCGCGGCCCCAUGACGUUGACGCUCAACAAGCCCCAGGGCGGCACGUUCUACUACCAGUGCGUGCUGGCGCCCGUCGACCAGUCGGCCGGUGACGCCGCGAGGCUGCUCAGCUUGCAAAAGGCCACGAACGAGAAUGCCAAGAAUACCCGCAAGGAGAACUUCUUCCCGCACCUGAGCCUCAUCUAUGGCGACCUCGAUGCCGAUAAGAAGGCGGAGAUGGCCGAGGAGGCUGCCAAGAGGGGAAGCUUCCCAGAGAAGAUUGUGGUGGAGGAGGCAGUGCUUGUUGACGUCAACGGCACGGCAGAGGAGUGGAAGAUUGUCAAGCGUAUCAAGCUCUAG